GGCUGGAUGAGGGAGGUGGGGGCUGUUUCCGGAAGGGUUGAGCCAGUCACUGGGUGUAGCUGGUACACUGGCUGCCUGGGAUUGUUUAUGUUUUGCUAACCCCCUCUGGGAUCGCUGGGAUUUGUUUUGGCUGGAUUACAUACACCCUGUGAGUGUUUGCCAUCACUUUGUAAUGAGGUUUGGGGUAAUCUGUAUCACUUUAUAAUUGUUUAACAUUAUUUACUGUACAGGUGGUUAGAGAGCAGGGAGCAGCACUGGGACUGUAACGAUAAUAACUAAUAAUAAUAAUAACAAUAGCAAGAGUGGCCAUAAGGUAGGGAUCUACUUUAUGGGCAACUCCCUAUUUUAGGAAAUUUUGCCUCUGGGAAAAGUAGAGGAGGAUUAUAUUGUGUUUUUAAUUUGCUAUUGUGAUUUAAACUGGUGAUAAUUCUUUCUGAAAGGGAAUACAAUUUGUGUAAAAGGGUUAUUCACUAAACACAGCAUAAAUUAAAUCAAAAAGGCAAAAUUAAAGCAACGAACCAAGCAUCAUAACCGCUACAGCUGUAGUGGUUAUGGUGUGAGAAGUGCUCUGGCGCAAUACCAGGGAACAUAAUCUGACUGUCUGAAAAUAGCCUUAUCUGGAAAAAUGUGAUGUUUGGGGAAUAACACUAAUAAAUGCACUAAUAUAAAAUGCAAACGUCAGGGUAAAAGAGCAAAGUUGUGACUAUAUCUGUGAUUACUUGUUCUUUGUUUUUAACUCAAAGGGACCGUCCUCUGGCUUUUCUCAAACUCUUUUGGAGCAGAAAGCUAGACUAUGGGGACCUGCCAUAGACGACCUCCUGCUUGGUUACACUGAUAAUGUGGAAUUUGCACUUUCACAUGAUCCAUUUCAGUUCUGUCCAACAUGCAUGUCAUUGACUGGCUGAGUUUAUUGGGCUAACCCCCAAAACGCUAUACCUGUCAUUGUUGUUCAGUUUAGCACCCAGAGACCGCCCCAAUCUCCAGCCAACUUGACUUAAUGCUAAGAUAUUAUACUCUAGCAUCAGUCAGGCUAACACUUGGUGACCCAUUCGGAUGCUAUCUAGUCACUAGAUAGGCCGGGUGGACCUUGAGGGAGGAGAGGUGGCCUCUCUUUCGAUCCAGAGCAAACCAUGUCUCUAAGUUAGCUAGUUAGUGCCUCAUUUCUCCACCCCCCCUUCGGACUUGUGGGGGUUAUCCUCGUCUACACUACAGAGACAUCCUCCCCUUAACAUGGGCUCUACUGUGCUGGCAAGCGGCAGACUAGCUGCACAUAAUGCCCACUCAACAUGGCAGAUGCCAUGUACUCUUCUGAAAACCAAAGCUUUGCAACCAUAUCCCAGCUAGACAGGCUAGCCCGAUAUCUGAACCCCAGUACAUGGCGGAUGCUAAAUCGGCCUGCGCAGCUUACAUCGGCCUCCGAUACAUCAUGUCAAGCAUUCCUUCGUAAUUCCUACUACUAAUCAGGCUAGAAUAUGGCCUGGGAGGUCAAAAUGCUGGCCUGCUGGAAGUGUAAAGAACCUUCUGAUCGGACACACGCUUUUGGAGGCCAAACAGUUAGUUCUACCAGAGGACAAAGGUUUUACAGGGGGCUUUGCUUCCUAUACAUUUAUUGGAUCCAAUCUCUGCAUCACUGUUUGAAGCUUAUGCAUACGCCUAGGCUACUGGGCAUUUGGCUGUCUCCUCAAAUAUGGCACUCUGCUCUACCCUUGGAGGAUAUUGGCUAUCUUGGACUUUUAUCUUGAUUCAUAGUUGUAGCGGAACCCUUGUUCUAGCAGGGACUCUCCGCUGGUUUCUCCAACAUACACUCAGGAACAAGGAGAACACGCCAAGGGAACAGCCAAACACCGUAAGAUACUCCAGGAAUCUCCCACUUCCUCCCCAGCAACUGGACGACACUCAGCUCUGGGGGUAUAACUGAUUUUAAUGGAGCCACAGCGCCUUUAUUGUGAGUAACCAUGCAAGGGGUUUCCAAAUACACAUUCCAGGGGCAUUCCCCACUGGACCUGAGAGUAGACUGAGACAAAAAUAUACAACAUAAUUACAUUAACACUCAGGUCCAGUACAUGUAUAAUAAUCACCCCAAAACAUACAGUUCCCCACAAGAUAACCCCUUAAGUCCUAUAUCCGCGGAUAGUCUGGGUCUGAGUGCCCAACAUAUCCGAAAAGUGCUUAGAUCCUACGAACGCAGCCGAAACGCUACUGGGGUAUAGUUUAGACCGACCGCACACGAGGUGCCUGCCCAAAAAGGUUCCAUGAAAUCAGGCUGUGUGGUCGGUCUUUUUCGGAAGUAUUAAAUAUGCAAAAAACACGUCACGAACUGUUCGUGCAGAUAUUCUUUCUGUGUAUCUUGUUCGGGAGUUUGCUCCCCCCGAACGCCACUUUGUUCGUCUGAAGCCCCGCGACCAUAAAGGAAGGGGGAAGUCCCAGCCGUGUUCGCGCUGUCAGAUUUUUGUUCCAUACACUUGACGACCGAACAGCGCUGUCUCUGUUCAUGGCUAAAGAUGGCCACCGUCACAUGUUCACACAUACGAACGGCGGCCACCCAGCCGACCACUUUGAAUGUUCAGGUUAUUGCGGUUGGUGGAGGUUUGAACAGAGGUUACUGGGGUUAAGGAGUGGCACACUCCACAUGGGUGGUCUGGCAUUCGGUAAUUUGUUUGGUUGUCGAGCAAGAUGUUAAUAUGUGAGAUGACUGUUAUUUUACCGAAUGGCCAGACGAACAGGGACAAGAACACGAUGAUCCAGGGACUAUGAUCACGAAGCAAAGGAAAUAACAGGAGGGACAAGAUACGGACAGCCCAUAGCAGGAAUAGGGGUAACAGUCCAAGGUUCAUUCCGCUACAAUAGCCAUCCAUUUAUCCUGGUCAGCAGUGGAGACCAUUGAGCAAAUUAUUUCUCUAUUAUUUCAGUGUGAGUUUUUUUUUUUUUUCAUCGGCUCUUCACCUAACUAUCUCGCACCUAGAACUCCUAGGUGUAUUGUUUUGUUGACAUUGAUUAUAUUUUGUCUAUUUCUAUGCAACAUGCUUAUUCUUCAUGCGAUAUGGCUAGCAUAUAACAUGGUUAGUGUUGUCUACUACUCAUUAAGCAAGUUAUUCUACUAAUUUCCUAUAUUAUCUGAUUUCAAAUUGUACACAAUCGUUUGUGAUAUCACCAUUGUACUACGAAAAUAAAAAUGUACAAAAUAAGAGAAUGGCAGGUGAUUCUAUGGAUAUAAUAGAUCUUAAGCAGAGUAUAGAUUUUAAUAAAUGUAAUUGUUUAUUUGAAGCACAUUAAACUACUUUUUAUCUUUCUGCCAUGGCACAGAACAGGUUAAUACACAGAGUGAUCUAAAGCUCCUUAGGCAAAGCCUUAUUUAUUGUCUUAGCUUUGCUACCUGGCUCUUGGGUCAUACCUGAUCCUAAUAUGUAGCAACAUACAUACUUUCAUUUGUACUGUAUAUCUUUGCCAGAAAAAUAUGUGUGGAAUUCCCGAUGUGCCGUGAUACCAACAAAUCUAUGUCACUUCAGUAAUUAAGGUAGAAAACAAUAGAAGGGUUUAUGUGUUUUGAGUAGCUCAUUAUUGUAACAAUGACUUUUUUUCAUUCCAAAAGAGACUUUGAUGAGGUGAGCAGCUACUAUCGAAAGUCCUGCUGGUAGUUUUUGCUCUGAGAAUCCCUCUCUUCUCCUCUUGGACACCAUGGGAAACAGUGCCUUGAAAGCCCACAUAGAGACAGCACAGAAGACCGGUGUGUUCCAGUUAACAGAAAAGGGUUUACCAGAGGUAAGAGAAGAUACGUUUAAAGGAGAUAGCCUAUGGCUUGAUUGUGUAUGUGAUACUUUAUAUCAGGGCUGAAAUACAACUUUUGUUCCUGACAAACGAGAUGAGAACAUCUUUUAAUCUUACCUGACUGGUCUCAUGGCCUCCAGAUGCACUGCUUUUCUUCUCAUUUUGCAGUUUUACAGCAUCCUGAGUAACAGCCACGAGAACGGUGGGGCAUGAUGCUACUUAGGAGAGCAGACGGAGCAAAAAACUUUCUUCUUCACUUACUGGCUACAGUUUUCUGAAUGUGGAGCUAGUGAUGGGCUGAGAAUGUCAGUUGACGCUCUCACCCUUUCAGCAUUUCUCAGUCUGAGACUUCCUGAUUGACACCUCAGACCUGCAGAGGAAGAAUAGUCAGUGAUUGGGUGCUGGCUUGCAGACUUUGGGGUUAAACAGCUCAAAGAAACACUAUGGCAUUUAGAAAUACAAACAUGUUCCUAACGCUACAGUGUUCUAGAACUUUUUUUGAUUUCUGCUCCUAUAUCAAAUAAAUAAAUAUAUAUAUAUAUUAGAAAGCGUAACUCAUCUUUGGCUUCUCAUCCAAUCCAUUGAAUCAUUGCAUCUCUAUGGGGAAAGUUCAGUGUCUCCAUACAGAGCGUGGAGACUCUGAGCUAAGCCAGGACCACAUCUAGUAGCUGUCUGAGGAGUGUCCACUAGAGGGGUCCCUAGGCUGUACUGUAAGCACUGCCUUUGCUCUGAAAAAGCAGUGUUUACAGCAAAAAACCUACAGGGACAGGGAGUAGACACCAGAACAACUACAUUAAGCUGUAUUUGUUUUGGUGACUAUAGUGUCCCUUUUACACUGGGGCAAUCAGUUAGAUAUGUUUUUUUCCUACCUUGUGAGAGAUGGCACCAUGCUAUCCAUGCAAAAACUUGAUGCUUUAUCAGUGCUACAGCCUGAGCCUCCAAUGUAUGUCUAUUUUUUGUUUUAACACAGUUCCCAGAGGAUCUGCAGAGACUGGUAGGAAACCUACGGACAAUUAAUCUGUCCAAUAACAAGAUAGAAGUGUUACCACCGUGGAUGGGGAAAUUCAACGUUCUCAAAAGCUUGUCACUGAACCAUAACAGAUUGAGUAAGAGAAUCAGUAUAGCUGCUAGCAGAUCCUAGUGAGACUUUGUCAAGACCUUGUAGGAAUAUUGUCACUAAAACAGAUAAAACAUGUUGCAAUUCAUUCAUGAUGGAGUAUACUUUGUUAAAUAUCAUCAUCUGUUUACACUGCAAAUAUAGAAUGUACAAACACAGAAUUGCCAGCUGAAGGCAAAAAGAGAUUUUAAAAAUUGGUCUCAUACUUUAUGAUGUUAAUGUAACGUAUUGUCCGGCGUAUAAGACGACCCCCAACUUUUCCAGUUAAAAUAUAGAGUUUGGGAUAUACUCGCCGUAUAAGACUACCCCUCUUCCAAUGCACACCAAAUAAAAAUUAGCGAUAAAGUACAGUGAGCAGACAGAGCUACACAGCAAGACAUUAAAUAAUGAUAAUCUGAAAUAGCAUUUAAAGCCCAGGUAUGUGCCAGGCUGUUUGGGCAUAUAAUCCAUGCCUGCUGGUCUAGCACACAGGAGGCUAAUUGCGAUAUAUUCUUUUUACUCCCACCCCUCCAUUCUUUUUACCCCCCCUCCAUUUUUUUUACUCCCCCUCCAUUCUUUUUAUUCCCUCCCCAUUCUUUUUACUCCACCCCCCCCAAUCCUCCCUACAUUCUUCUCACCUCCCCUUCCCUGUGCAGAGUGGGUGGCCGAGCUCCUCUUCGUCCUGUCAGUCCGGCCGGGUACCGCGCAUACAGGAGAUUCAGUUACCUGUUCCCGGCUGAAAGGAAGUGCACUGACUGAGGACGAAGAGGAGCUCGGCCACCCACUCUGCACAGGGAAGGGGAGGUGAGAAGAGAGGCAGUGCGGCAGCCGUCUGAGCGCUCUCUAUAGAGCGGUCAGGCGGCUGCAGCAUUAGAAGGGCCGGCGAUGGGGGCGCAAGGCGCCCCCGGCAGCCAUAUAGACCCUAUACCCGGCGUAUAAGACGACCCCCGACUUUGGAGAAGAUUUUCCAGGGUUAAAAAGUCAUCUUAUACGCCAGAAAAUACAGUAUUUUUAUUUAAGGGACCUGCAUCACUUGGCUAUUAUUUUUUUUAAACCAGCAAGCAAACACUUUUUUUAAACCAAUAUACAUACAAAAAUAAAAAGCAAUAAAAAAAAUGGAAAAUAAUGUAAUAAAUAUGUCUAAAUUUCCUAUGAACAAUGCAGUCAGAUUGCAUUGUUGGGCACUCCUCUCAGAUAGGGGAGUUUCUUCAGCCUUCCCUCGUUUUCUCUUACCCACCCAUCUUCGUUUCAGACCAGUCCGUUAAUGACAGAAACAGGUCAUCAUUGUGCAGCAUUAGGAUAUAGAUACAGACACCCAAGCCUACUCUGCAUGAUCACACUGUUCAGACUCCCUCUCUUCUCCCCCGGGCAGUGUAUUGCAAGGUGAAGAGACCUUCUGUCUGCACAUGUGUAAAUCUGUUCGUCAAGCCAAAUGCACUUUUUCAGCAUUCCUAGGUUUUGGGCACUGGUUAGAUCAGUGUGCCCCUUGGAGUGGGUGUGGAAAACAUAUGAAAUCAGAAUCAGGUAAAAGGUUGCAGAGUGAGACAACUAUAUAAUUCAAAGCUAAAGCUGCUGGCUGAGACAGUAGUCUUAAAGUGAUGCAUGUCGCUUUAUUUCCAAAAAGGAUCCAAUACUCACAAAGUUUUACAGUAACCGGUUUAUUUUGCACACACUAGUUAUUUUAAGACAUUUUGAGUGCUGGAUCCUUUUUGCAGUUGCUGUCUCUUCAAUUUGAAAUUUGCAGCCCCGGGCUUUCUGUAACAAUCAGUCUGACCCCAUGUAGUUGGUGAAUGCCACCUCUUUUGUUUCUUUGUCUUUUUAUUAAGCAUCAUUAGCAUAUAAUAAUGAAAUAUUUAAUCAGAAAUGGCAAAUGUAUCCUGCCUCUGGCUUCCACAUACAUCCUUCUGUAACCACAUGUGGUUCCCUUAUUUACCACUAUAAUGUCUUAAAGCAUAGAACUUAGUAGGGCUAACCAUACAGAUAUCUUAGCCAUAAUUUUAUAUAGUCAGUAAGAGAUCCUUUAUUUAACAUAUAUAAAUAAUUGAGAAUACAAUAUAAAAUAAGGAUUGUCUUGGAAGCAAUAGUUUUGUCUUUUUUGGAUAUUUAUUAUAUAAAAAUAUCAAUAUAAAAUCCAUUAUAGCAGAGUUUAUAAGAUUAAAUUACAUGCUUGCAAAUAUCAUUAAUAGGUUAACAUACCCUUCUGAACAUGUCAUCAUGUCAGCUUCUCUUUCAUUUUAAGAUGGAGCAGCGUCUGUCUCCAAGUCUCUCCUCUGUUUCUUAACAUUUAAAAGUACACCUAUUUAUAACUUAGGUGUCUCCAUUUUAGGGUUACCGUAGUUCAUUUACUUUAUUCAUUUUAGGACCUCCCUUAAUUUGGCAAACAUACAAGGCCAUAACUAAAGGGUUCAAACAUCAUGGAAAUUUUCCUGACUUAGUUCAAGAUGGCAUCUUAAAGUCUGAAUAGGUUAUCUGUUGUUUAUACUAAGUCGUAAGUGUACAGUCGUGGGAGAUUCCAGGAUUUGGGGAAGUUCCAUUAACUUGGGGUUACCACAGUAUAUUGUGUACUGCAAGUGUCGUAGCAUAGCCUUGAAGCUUGUUUAUGCAUUAUUGUUAUUGUAAUUCGUCUGGGACAAAAUGGCGCAAACAUAUGCACUGAGGUUAUUACUUAAAGAAACAUCUAUGAAAAACAAUAUGUUCCAUUUCUAACACCUUGUCAGUUUGCAAUAUCUCUUAAAGACAAAGUACACAGUUUAAGAAAUACAACAUUUCAUUCUAAAACUUGUAGCAUUUGCCCGAAUGUUAAUAAACGGUUCUCACGCAGAAGGAUAAAAGUGUGAGUUAAAGGGGCGCACUCUAAACAACAUAACAGCUACCGAUCAGUGUAGCGGUUUUGUUGCUGGGCACUGUCCCAUGGCUUUUUCUCAAACUGUUUAGGAGUGGUUAGACCGGGACCACCCCUUCCGCUGCAUUGUGGGAAAGUCUGAAUUUAUGCUUCUGCGUUUGAAAGACAUUGAUUGGCUGAUACUUCCUUAGCACUCUCUUCCAAUCGCAGCACACAGCUUAGUUUACUACGCAGUGAACCAGGGUAUGUUUCAACUGUUGUCUAGACAUAGGUUUAGAUUACACUUUAUGUUUAGAUGAUUUUUAUUCAUAUGUUUAUACUGCAGGAAUAGCCGAGCUGGGAUUGCCCUUAUGGGGGGAUCAGUCUAUGCAGAUAGUAAAGAUUCUUGCUGUAGCACCAGUGAGCAAAAACGUUUCUGAUGCCUGAGCUAGAGAUUUUUUUCCAUUUGUAAUUGGGUUAUCCACUAAACCAGAACUUUUGGAACGCAUGGCCUGGGAAUUUCAAACUUUUAUGUAUCAGGAACUCCGCUAUUUCUUCAACUCUGUAUGUCAAACGCUGGAUUGCCUAAAAAAAAAGUGUAAGGUAUUUCUCAAUAAACCACUAUUUUCAGUUCACUGAAUAUAAUCCAAAUUAUAUUAUGUAACUCAGGGCUAGACAAAUCCCAGGUCACCACGGCUACUAGGAAUUUUGUCCUUAGCACCGCGUUCACUCCGAGGUGGCAGGCUGAGAGAGUGUGGAGACGAGGGAACUGUAAUCUUCUUGCUCUGCUCCCUCGCGCGCCAUUUAGUGAUGUCAGUAGCUCUGAUAUGGCAGUGUUUACAUUGAAAUCCUGCAGUGACAGGUUAUAGACACUAGAACAACUACAUUAGGCUGCAGUUUAUCUAGUGACUAUAGUGUCUCUUUAAGAAUUGUAUAUUUUUCUUUAAAAAUAAAGCUUUAUUUGUUUAAAAAAACCUGGAUCCUAACUAGUUUAGUUGGUGCUUAGAUUCAAACCAAGUUUGUCAAGUCCUGCUGUGAAUAGCAAAAUGUAUAUUUGUCCCAAAUUGCUGUGAAUUGUGGUCAUUUAAAAUUGGCCGUUUACAUUUAAUUUUUUUCUCUUUAGACGGAAACAUUUAGAAAAUAUUAGCUAGCCCUUCGCUUGGAAAUAAUGUGUUGUAUAAUUGUUGGUAAAACUAUAGAAUAUAAGUUUGGAUUGCUUUUGAUGCAUAUCUAUAAUUUUUUUUUUCUAAAUAUUUUGCCAGCCAGACUCCCAGAAGAACUAUGCAAGCUGAAAAAGUUGGAAACUUUGCAUCUUUCCGGAAACCAAAUCAGCCAGCUGCCGGCUGAUUUUGGCCAGCUUUCUGCAUUAAAGACCCUAAACCUCUCAGGAAACCAACUGCGAGCUAUACCAUCCCAGCUCUGCACCCUGCGACACCUAGAUGUAGUGGACCUUUCCAAAAACAAGAUUCAGGCUAUACCAGACGAGGUUUUGGGAGUGCAAGCCAUCGAAAUAAACUUAAAUCAGAAUCAGGUAAGUGAAAUAGUUGAAUGUCAAAAAAUACAAUUUACACACAGGAAGGUAAUAAAGAAAUCUUUGCGUUAUUAAAGAGGUAAAUUAAACACCAUAACCACUACAACUCAUUGUGUGGAUUAUGGUUAGUGUCAGCCCCGAAUUUCAUAGUCCACCCUCUUUAGCUAUACUGAUAAUGCAGAAAUUACACGCUUGCACUGUUAACUGUAAUUUCAUCCAAUCUUGAAGGUAAAUGUAGGCGGGUGGGUUAGCACAGCACUCUUAGUCCAAGGAUGGACAGAUUUUCACUUUAUAAAUUCUGCAAUUCAGGGGAAAAACCUGGAUUAAUGGGACACUAUAGUCACCCAGACCACUUCAGCUCAAGGUCCCUCAUGUUUUAACCCUGCAGAUGCAAACAGUUUACAUCGCAGGGUUAAAGGACCACUAUAGUGCCAGGAAAACAUACUUGUUUUCCUGGCACUAUAGUCCCUGAGGGUACCCCCACCCUCAGGGUCCCCCUCCCGCCGGGCUCUAGGGGGUGGAAGGGAUUAAAAUGACCUCUUUCUCCAGCGCCGGGAGGGGGACUGUCCGCCUCCUCCCCUCCUCCUCAGCUGAAUGCACAUCCGCGGCAAGAGCGGCGCACGCAUUCAGCCAGUCUCAUAGGAAAGCAUUCACAAUGCUUUCCUACGGACGCUGGCAUCUUCUCACUGUGAUUUUCACAGUGAGAAGCGCGGAAGCCCUCUAGCGGCUGUCAAUGAGACCGCCACUAGAGGCUGGAUUAACCCAUAUGUAAACAUAGCAGUUUCUCUGAAACUGCUAUGUUUAUAGAAAAAAGGGUUAAACCUAGCUGGACCUGGCACCCAGACCACUUCAUUAAGCUGAAGUGGUCUGGGUGCCUAUAGUGGUCCUUUAAGUCCAACAUUCCAGGGAACCUUUAAGUUGUCUGCUAGAGGGUUUUUGGAACAGUAGUCUGCAGAAUUAUUUGCUAGAUUGUGAAUUGCUGGGUUGCAUUCAGAUAAGGAGUCAGUAAGUCUCUCUGGUCUCCCCCCGUAGUGCCUUAUAUAGGGAAACACAGAUGAUGGGAACUAACAUACACUAGGUGAAAGUACUGGCAACAGCAUAGAGGUCUGGGUGAUGCCUAAUAAGGCAUUGUGAGAGCUGAAACAUAGCUUGUAUCACGGAGCCUCGAGAGAGAGAAAACGAGAAUACCCAAACACAGGUGUAAUCACUUACCCAAUGGGUCCAGUGACCUCCCAUAUUGUGGCUUUACUUGAGAAGCAGCACCGCAGAGUCCUUGCUGGACUUUGCAAAAAGGGUGACACGGCAUUGGAUGUGUUGGGGAUGGUGGAUCUUCACCAAUAGUGUCAGCAUUAUGGAUUAGGAAGGCUCCUACCAUACCUGUGGAUGUGCCCAAGGAUAUAAUUGCUGCCAUUCAGGACAUCUGUCAGAACAGGCAUUGUGACUCUCUGUAGAAAAUAUCCCUAGAUCACUGCAGAAAAUGGUUCUAUAAAGGUCUUUGAUGAGCUAGAAUUCUCUCUCCUGAUAGACUUCAGUUCAUGCCAGUCACCAAGCUAUUGAGGGAACGGAGCAUCGGGAACCCUAGUGGACCCACGGGGAAAACAUGCAGAUCUCCUACGUUGACGCCCGUGGUGCCAGUGGGAGUUGCGGCUUCAGGGCGACUCCCUCUGACGGGCCAGGGGACUCCUAGCACUGUACCCAUUACAGUUCUGUGUAGGGAUUGUGGUGCGUAGAAAAGUAUGAACUUUCUUUGUUUAGCUUUUUCAGCUUUAAGAAUAUAAUUUCAGUUGUUACUUAUUCUCAAGUUAUAUCUGCAGAUUCAAAUUAUGGAAUAUAUUUAACAUUUUCCAACUGCCUCACAGACUUUAAGACAUUUCUCCCAUUUUUCUUCGUUUUGCAUUCGAUAAUGUAACCAUGUACUUUCUUUCCUGCAGAUAUCUCAAAUCUCUGUGCAGAUUUCACACUGUCCACGUCUCAAGGUUCUACGUCUGGAGGAGAACUGCCUGGAGCUCAGUAUGUUACCCCAGAGUAUUCUUAGUGACUCACAGAUAUCCCUACUUGCAGUGGAGGGAAACCUUUUUGAAAUAAAAAAGCUCAGAGACCUGGAAGGCUAUGAAAAGGUCAGUGCUCUAGGACCGUAGCAUGCCCAGCUCAUGUCUGUGUUAAAACCGUUUGCUCUGGAAAUUACCGAAUAUAUUAAUGUACUUUUAUGUGUCAGAGAGAAUUGCUCUGGAUUCAAUAUAAAUGAAUCUAAUAAGAAAGCAGUCAAAAUGGAAGUUCCUUAAUACAUGUCCAAAAUAUAUAUAUUAUACAGGAAUUUUCUAAAUUAAAUAUAUGUAUACAUGAUUGGAAUGUUGCCAGAUCACCUUAGUAUGGCAUGAGAAAACCAACAAAACUUAAUUUAAAGCAGGCUUCCCCAAACUCCGGCCCUCCAGAUGUUACUGAACUACAACUCCCAUGAUUUUAUGAAUGAAAUAGGCUGAGAAUCAUGGGACUUGUAGUUCAGCAACAUCUGGAGGGCCGGAGUUUAGGGAAGCCUGAUUUAAAGGACCACUCCAGACUCCAAUAGAACUUAACUGCUUUUUUUUUUUUAUAGAUUUUGGCCACAAUAAUAUGCUGUAUUUGUUUGCAUGGUCAAAUCGUUAUAUAUUUUGCACACACAGUUGAGUUUAUUUUUUGCUCAAUGCUGCACCAUAAGCCUGCCUCCUUAGCCACGCCCACCAUGCCGGGAGAAUACUUCCUUGUCAAAUGUAUGCACAAAGUCCCAGACCCAAGAGGAUUGAGUGACCUGUUUUCAAUUCACAACCUGACUGCAGACAGACGCUUUAAAGAGUUUGUGACAUCCUUACUAUAAAUUUCCCUUGGUGUCCUCGCCUAAUGCAGGUUGAAUUGUAGUUAAAGGACCACUAUAGUGCCAGGAAAACACUUGUUUUCCUGGCACUAUAGUGCCCUGAGGCACCUGAGGGUGUAUAGUGAAUUACCCGGACGGAUUUGCAGAGCGCCUGUGGUUGUGGUUACCAAGUUUGAUAGCAUACAUAUAUUUACAGAAUUGGCAUGGAGAUCCCUGCUUGUGCAUAGGGCAUGUAUUUCUGUAAGUGGAUGGGGGGCAGCAAACAGCUUUUCCUUUAAAAAUAUCUCUCCACUUUGUGUUAAUACAUUUGUAUGUGGUUUACGUCACUUUCACAUUGCCAAGCAUAAUUCCAUCCAGGCUGUGUAGCAAUGAUAUACUGAGAGCUAUGUACUAAAUCACCCCCAGAAAUUCCUAACCUAGGAUUGCUGUCCAGCAAGGACAGAAUUUCACUUGGAAGUGUUGAUUCCAUAUUAUCAGUGUAGCUGCCAGUGAGCUACGUUUUUUGUAAGGUCUCUCAAACUGACAAACUUCGGAAAAUGUCACUAAACCUACGUCACCAUAACCACUCCAAUGAGCUGUUUGAUUGCUCCAUUUUGACAUAAUCCACUAUUGACUUUCUUCCAAGUUACAAACUAUUUUUAAAUAUGUUAAACAGCAUAAAUAAUGGAAUGACUUUUCUUUCAGUACAUGGAACGGUUUACAGCGACCAGGAAGAAGUUUGUAUGACUACCACGUACACCAGAUAGAGACUUUUAUGGCGACACCAUGCCUAAAGCCAGCCAAGCCCUGGAUGUACAGUUUACAGCUUGCAAAGCCCCAGCUUACCAAGAGCCAAAAACACUAAAGUAUCUACACUCUUAUGGGACACAUUUAAAGACCGCUAGCUGAACAUUUAACAAACCGGUAGUAUCCUUCCAGCUAUAUAGUGAAGCAAUUGCCGAAUCUGUUUAAGGGGACCUUACAUCGAGCAGGAAUAUUGUAUAUGUAUUAAUGUAAUAUAAACAUUUUCUAAAGGUUAAUAUAAAGCAAUGGCUUACUGGUUUUUAAUGCAGCCGAUGACCGCAAAUUGAAUUAAAGUUAAUUAUUUGCUUGGAUACAAGUUUAUAUCCAUCCAUUUCAGCACAUCAUGUUAAUUUAUUAUGGGAAUGAAAAUAAACUCAUAUGUUAAUAUGGGGAACCGUUCUGCUUAUUCAGAAAAACUCGACCGUAGCGGUUAGAGGGCUUCACCCAGAAAUGACUGGUUAAAGAGCAAACUUGCAAUGUGUACAGCUUAGCUAUUUUAUGUUUUGCAGUUUGUUUACUAAAACUUGAUGUUUAGUGAAUAAACUGCACAGUAUCUUACCGACACCAAACGUGCUUAAUGUUGG